GCCGGCGGCGAAGAAAAAAGAUCUACACCCGAUUUUCGAAACUUUAUUCCGUACAACCAACGGGUCCCCCGAAGUUUGAUGGUGGUAUUAGUAUCUACUAGGUGUCUCGGCGUGCUAGGUAAAGGUAAGGCUGUCGAGAUAAUAAUCCGGAUCUGUUCCAUGUUUUCCUGCUCGAUGUUCUACUAUUCCAUGUGCUACUAUUUUGUAUUCGACGACUCUCCGUGUCUACUCUUCUACGAUUCGAGAAGAGACACACAAAGCGAAUCGAGAGCAAACUCUAUUUCUCCUAACCUCCCUCGAGCCUCUCACAGACUCACACCUGUCUCUAGCGUCGCUACCCAGAUCGUAACUUGGAAGUAAGUGAGAAGAACAAUGCUACUCGGACCGGUACUUGUGCCAUCCAACCGCCCUCGCGUCCAAAAUUGGCAGCAGAAUAAGAUUUGCCUCUCCCUUGAUAAGGUUUAUCCCUCCUGCUUUAAGUCCUGAGCUACUUUUGAAAUUUCCUUAUCCGACGGAAUAUGAGCUGAAAAGAGAAAUAUCAAACCACGGCAUUUCGGUUUAAUUUUUUUGGCAUUUAUUAUUAUUUAUUCUUUAUUAUUUCUAAUUCUUCUCGUUGUUAUAACGAUUGUGAAUUGCAACGUUUUAUCGAUCCACACUUGAAUGGGAUUCCUCUACGGUCUAACCAUCCAUCUUUCUUCCAUUUUCACCGUUCCCUUCUCCAUUUCCUCCAUUUCCUCCAUCAUCUCCAUCAUCUCCACCAUCAUCACAUUCAUUUGAUUUUAUAAACCUGUUAAUCUAUCCAUUCGUCCUCGUUUCAUUUCGUCUCCUUUCAUUCUUUUCCCUUCUGCCAUUCAAAACUUCACUCCAAAAUCUUCAUUCACACCGCCCAUUGUCUACUCAGACUUCCGCUGUUCCUUUCCCCGGACAACAAAUUCGUCCUGCAGGGACCUUACGUUUUGGCCCAAUUAUUUGAAUCCUUCAAGACCAUUCAUCGAUCUGCCAAUUCUCUCCAGUACAUCCAUACCCACCACAAUUUCUUCAUCCGGCAGCGACGACAAUGACUCGAAUCCUUCCAGAUGAUGAAUAUUCACCCGCUCAGCAGGCGCGAGUCACACUCAUCAGUCCUGCUACUGCGAGAGGAUGGGACGUUUCAGCAGAUACAUCUAGCACAAACCGCGCUCCCUUUCGCAGAAUGCGUCUUGGAUCCGUUCCUUUAGAGACUGAUAUGUUAGAGCGAAUGUCAGAUCUGUCCGUGAAUGAAGAUUUGGAAGAACCGCUAGAUGCGCGGCGGACAGGAGGUAUCAGAGGUUUAAUUCGACGUGCGUCGGUAUCCUUAAAGAACAGAAAGAGGAGACAUUCGCAUGCUACAGAAGAACGUCCAUCCUCUUCGUCUUCCCCUUGGCACAGACUACGACAAGCUACAAGCUUCAACAGAAAUUCGAGGGUGAUAUCAUCUCACUUCAAUUUUGACGGUCCUGUGGAUUCUUGCUCAGAAUUAGCUUCCCCAACCCCUGGACAUGGCGGCGCACCUCCGAUUAUACCGGCUGGGACUGGUGGAGCCGCGAGAGCUACCGCAGCUGCCCAGAAUCUCUUCAAGAAUCGAAACUUUUUAAGAUCUGAAGACACACAACAGAACGAUAGGGAAAGUGCUAUUGGCAUAGCGGUCAGUACAUUGGCCGACUCGAUACACGCCCAAGACACGUCAAUCAGUCGAGUUGAUUUCAUCGGGAGCCUUCCGAUGGAACUUGCUAUUCAAAUACUAUCUUAUCUGGAUCACAAGUCUUUACGUAGAGUGGAGCAGGUUUCUCGCAAGUGGGCAUUUAUGGCAGGAUCAAAACACGUUUGGCGGGAGACUUUCUUGAGAGAGAAAUCUAGAGCUUAUGCUAUGCCCCAUCCAGUUCUUCCAGGAGUAGGAGAUGGUGUUCCAGCUUUGGACCCUGACACGGAUUGGAAAGAAAUUUAUCGCAUUAGGCAAAAGUUGGACGAGCGAUGGGUUCUUGGCGAAUCAACACCAACUUACCUCCUUGGGCAUACGGACAGUAUUUAUUGUACACAGUUCGACGAACAUAAAAUCAUCACUGGUUCUAGAGAUAGAACGAUUCGUGUGUGGGAUAUCAAAACUUACAAGUGUGUCUUGGUUAUUGGACCUCCAGCUAUUGUGAACAAUCCCGCCCUCUUGACCGCUUCCGAUGGAAGUCUUACACAUUAUGCAACGGGCCCAGUCGAACGAGGUCCAGACGAAUUACGACAACCUGGUAGUAAACCACGAACUGUUUCUUUCCCAAUGCAUCACAACGCAUCGAUCUUGUGUCUUCAGUACGACGAUGAGAUCCUUGUAACUGGUUCAUCUGACGGUACAUGUAUCGUGUACGAUAUUAAGAAAGGAUACGAACCAAUCAUGCGCCUGGAACACCACACUGCAGCUGUACUUGAUCUUGCAUUCGAUGAACGAUACAUCGUUACAUGUUCCAAGGAUGUUAGUAUCUGCAUUUGGGAUCGUCGCUCGGGUCAGUUGAUAAAACAAGUUCGUGGCCAUUCAGGUCCAGUCAAUGCAGUACAAUUGAGGGGAAAUUCCAUUGUAAGCUGCAGUGGAGAUUUCCGAGUCAAGUUAUGGAACAUCGACACAGGCAAGAAUAUUCGAGAAUUCUCGCGCCAUACCAAAGGUCUCGCUUGCAGUCAAUUUUCCGAAGAUUCAAAAUAUAUCGCGUCAGCUGGUAACGAUAAAACUAUUCGUAUCUGGAAUGCCAAUACAGGGGAGUGUUUAAAAUUAAUCAAUGCUCAUGAAAAUCUGGUCCGAUCUUUACAUAUUGAUUCAAUUAGUGGAAGAUUAAUUUCGGGGAGUUAUGAUCAGGAUAUUAAAGUCUGGGAUAUGGAAACGGGAAGUUUGUUGCUGGACUUUCCAAAGUGGCAUGCGAGUUGGGUGUUGGGGGCCAAGAGUGAUUAUAGAAGAAUCGUUAGUACUGGGCAGGAUCCCAAGAUUCUGGUUAUGGACUUUGGAGCUGGAUUAAAGGGGAUUGAGAAGUUGGAGAGUGGACCCAGAAUUGGGAUUUGAGUGUAAUGGGAGAUCGAAGGACGGGGUGUGAUGUUUUGUUGGGAAUGGACUUUAACUUUGGGAUUUCUUUUGGGCGUUGAAAACUGGGAAAUUUUGAAGGAGUUGGUCAAUUCACUGUUUCGUCAUUCGUUAUAGGUUAUCGACAUGAUUAGAAAGGGGAAGGGGAUGGAUGGACUUGCUUUUGAGGUUGGACAUGGAUAGACAUUCUCUGAAAGGGAGAUGAAUAGGUGCUUUGGGAUUGGACAUGGAUCUGGUAUGCAUGGUGAUGGGUUUUAAUAUGGAGGCGUUCAUACACACACAUGGGGGUAUGAAUACCUAGAGCAAAAGGGUAUGCCAAGGAUUCUCGAUAUGAUUGGGAGAUUAGUCCAUUGAUGGAUGGGGAUUGCCCUUUUGGGCAGUAUGCGGGUGCGUGCAUUUAUUAUCAGACACGUUUUUGGGUCGGCUUUUUGGUGCAUAGAAUUACCUUUUCGUUUGAUAGAUGUUAGAGAUGUCUAGAGAUUGAGCAAAAUAUUAGAUAUUUAUGUACCUUUUCUAUUGCAAAGUUAAAGUAUUUGGCGCAGUAUCUUGUGGUGUGUUUAACUUGUGUAUUAUGUCCUAGAUGAGGGAAACAUGGACGACCUGGUGGUUCUGGGACUACUGUUGCAGAGACACAUGCUCGGGAGGGGGGUGAGCUGGAUGUAUGUUUAUUAGGCCUGUCUCACUUGGUAAAACCGAACUACUAGAGUUGAGAGCCCUUUCGGACCUGUUUACACUUCAAUGCUGUAUAACAUCAUCAAUAUUCUCUC